AAGAAGGCAUAUAUUAAUAAAAUAUUACCGUCUUCUCUUUGCCCGUCACUUCUCUCAAGGGCCAAAACGCACAGUAAUAUUCCAUUCAGCAGGCAACAGCGCAGCGCUGAAUUGGUGAAGAUAAGGAGGCCCCUACUCGCGGUGAAGGAAGGGGUUUCCUUACCAUAUCUCGUAUUUCGCGGUCGAAGAAAAGAAACACCAGGACGCAAACUUUUUAACCUCGUACUUCGCGGUCGAGGAAAAGAAGAAAAGGAAGAAGCCUUUUCACAUUGUACCUCGCGGUCACAGAAUGGCAACUUUCCUACGUUUAUCGGCCAUUAUUUACCUCACGGAGAAGAAGUGGAUGAAGCAUGUUUGCGGUCGAGGAAAGAAGAGGAAAAUUGGAGGGAACUGGAGGGAAGAAGGGGGCGUGGAGUGAAGAAGAGGAAAAUUGGAGCGAGCAGAGACUCCAAUUUGUUACAGGCAGGCAGACUCAAUAGUCAUGUCUGCCAAGAAAAAUAUCCGGGGGCGGGGUGGUUUUGUUAUUGA